AACUUUAUAGAUGAUCUGCGGCUCUAUGUGAGAGGAGGAACUGGUGGAAUGGGUUAUCCUCGCCUAGGUGGGGAAGGAGGGAGAGGUGGCGAUGUCUGGUUUGUCGCCCGAGAAAGAACUACUUUGAAGAGUAUAAAGGAGAGAUAUCCCCAGAAGCGAUUUGUAGCUGGAACAGGAGCCAACAGCAGUGUUAAAGCACUAAAGGGUGAAAAAGGAAAAGAUUGCGAAGUUCAUGUGCCCCCGGGAAUUUCAGUUCUCUCUGAUGACGGCACACAGAUUGGAGAGCUUAAUGCAGCAGGAGAGAGAUUCUUAGCAGCUCGUGGAGGUCUUGGAGGCUCUUUGGCCACAAACUUCGUGCCUUGCAAAGGGCAGAGGCGAAUUGUUCAUCUUGAUUUGAAACUUAUAGCAGAUGUUGGCUUAGUUGGGUUUCCAAAUGCGGGAAAAUCAUCCUUAUUAAGCAAGAUUUCUCAAGCCAAACCUGAAAUUGCAAAUUAUGCAUUUACAACAGUACAGCCUGAACUAGGAAAGAUCAUGUAUGCAGAUUAUAAGCAGAUUUCAGUAGCUGAUCUCCCAGGACUGAUUGAAGGUGCACAUGCAAACAAAGGGAUGGGUCACAAAUUUCUCAAACAUAUAGAAAGAACCAAACAGCUUCUCUUAGUGGUUGAUAUUUCGGGAUCUCAACUGUCUAUUAAGACUCGGUUCAGAACAGCCUUUGAAACUAUAUUGCUUCUAACAAAGGAACUGGAGCUGUACAAAGAGGAACUUGUAACAAAGCCUGCACUUCUUGCCAUUAACAAAAUGGAUUUGCCUUGUGCAAAGGACAACUUGACUGAACUUAUGAAACAGCUUCAGAAUCCUCAAGACUUCUUACACUUACUACAGGAAGAAAUUAUUCCUGCAAACACACUUGAAUUCAAAGAUAUAAUUCCUGUAUCUACAUACACUGGAGAAGGAAUCGAGGAACUAAAAGCACAUAUAAGAAAAUUCAUAGAUGAGGAAGCAGAGCAGGAGAAUGAAGAAUAUCGGAAAAAGAAACUACUGCUUUUACAAACUUCAGAAGAAGGACAGAUGAAUAGAAGCUAGCAUUCUGGGCUGGAU